AUGGCGAUGACGUUGACAAGCGAAGCCCAAGUCGCCGAAUGGAGUGAUGGGCUUAUCCAACAGCACAAAGUUGUUGUGUUUUCCAAGAGCCAUUGCCCCUAUUGCCGAAGAGCGAUCGAGGUGCUUCAGUCUGUCAAAGCGAAAGACGUGCAUGUCGAGCAAAUUGAAGAUAGCCCUUACAUGGAUGCCAUCCAAGACUAUAUGAAGCAGAAGACGGGAGCCCGCUCAGUCCCUCGCGUUUUCAUCGGGGGUGAGUUUCUGGGAGGCGGAGAUGACACGGCGCGUGCCAAGGCUGAUGGCACCCUCGUAGAGAAGCUUCGAGCAGCUGGAGCUCUGUAA